AGCCCACUUUCCUCGGGUCCAUGCAGCUGCGCUGCCCUUUGCUGGGGCUGGGGGCGCUCUGAGCAGGAAAAGCCGGCGGCCUCGCCCCCCUGUGCGGAGCCUGGAGCACUGGCGCCGGCUGCCCGAGCGGCGGAUUUCUGCUUUGUCAUCCUGACUCUGGCGCCCUGCCCGCCGAUCAGGAGCAGGGCGGGGCUUCUCUUGGCCGCCGGGAACCUACCAUCCUUACCCCGCAGUGAGCCUCAGACCCGGGUCGCUGCCGAGCGGAAGGAGGAAGAGCGGGUGGAGUCCACAGGACGGGCGCGGCCUGGAGGGAGCGCUCUCGGAACUGACCUCGGAGCCCGACGAGCCGGUGGUGUUUGUAAGACGGAGCCAGCUAGGCGGCUAUGGUGCGACCCUGAAGAACCUUCUCUUGAAGGAGGAGCCUCUGCCAUGAUGCCAGUUGAGGAAUACUGGCUGUGCUUACCAGCCUCUCACAUUAGACCUUUUGUGCAGACGGUCAGGGUGAUGGGGGCUUGUCCUCCUUGUUGCUGGUUUCCAAUGAGUCUCCCUCCUGUCCCCGGGCCACCACGUGCACCAGCUGGGCUGCGAAGGUCCAGCCACAAUGCAGCGCCUCCUCCUCCUCCUCUUCCACCUCCCUCCUCUGCACCCUCCCCCACAGCCCCAGCAUGCUCUUCUGCCGACCCUAAGCUUUGCCCUUCGCCCUCUACAUCUGCUUGUAGGCAGGAGAAAAUUGUGCAGUCUGGGAUGGCUUACCAGGACGGCAGUCUUCAAAAGCUACUGAAAAUGAAUGGUUUAGAGGAUUUUCCCGGGCCCUAUGACUAUGACCUCAUCAUCAUUGGAGGGGGCUCAGGAGGACUGGCAGCUGCUAAGGCAACAGCCAAAUUCAAUAAGAAGGUGAUGGUCCUGGAUUAUGUUACUCCAACCCCUCAGGGAACUAGAUGGGGUCUUGGGGGUACAUGUGUGAAUGUGGGCUGCAUACCCAAAAAACUGAUGCACCAAGCAGCUUUGCUGGGACAAGCCCUUAAGGACUCUCGAGACUAUGGAUGGAAUGUUAAUGAGAAAGUUAAACAUGACUGGGAAAAAAUGACAGAAGCUGUGCAGAAUCACAUUGGCUCUCUGAACUGGGGCUACCGUGUAGCUCUGCGGGAGAAAAGAGUCACCUACGAGAAUGCGUAUGGGCAGUUUAUUGGCCCUCAUAGGGUUAAGACCACAAAUAACAAAGGCAAAGAAAGAAUUUAUACAGCAGAACGAUUUCUCGUUGCCACUGGUGAGAGACCGCGCUACUUGGGUAUCCCAGGUGACAAAGAAUACUGCAUCAGCAGUGAUGAUAUUUUCUCGUUACCUUACUGCCCGGGUAAAACUCUGGUGGUUGGUGCAUCCUAUGUUGCCCUGGAGUGUGCUGGAUUUCUUGCUGGCUUUGGUUUAGAUGUCACUGUCAUGGUGCGGUCCAUUCUUCUUAGAGGAUUUGACCAGGAGAUGGCCCAAAAAAUUGGUGAACACAUGGAAGAACAUGGGAUCAAGUUUAUAAAACAGUUUGUACCCAUAAAAGUUGAACAGAUUGAAGCAGGGACACCAGGCCGUCUCAGGGUGGUAGCAAAGUCCACUAGGAGUGAUGAGACCAUUGAAGGAGAAUAUAAUACGGUAUUGCUGGCAAUUGGAAGAGAUUCUUGCACAAGAAACCUUGGCCUAGAAACUGUCGGGGUGAUGAUAAAUGAAAAGACUGGAAAAAUACCUGUGACUGAUGAAGAGCAGACAAAUGUGCCUUACAUCUACGCCAUUGGUGACAUACUGGAGGGCAAGGUAGAGCUCACCCCAGUAGCAAUCCAGGCUGGAAGGCUGCUGGCUCAGAGGCUUUACGGUGGUUCCACAGUCUUGUGUGACUAUGAAAAUGUUCCAACAACUGUAUUCACUCCGUUAGAAUAUGGUUCUUGUGGUCUUUCUGAAGAGAAAGCUAUUCACAAAUUUGGGGAAGAAAAUAUUGAGGUCUACCAUAGUUACUUUUGGCCAUUGGAAUGGACAAUUCCCUCAAGAGAUAACAACAAAUGUUAUGCAAAAAUAAUCUGUAAUAUCAAAGACAAUGAACGCGUUGUGGGCUUCCACUUACUGGGUCCAAAUGCAGGAGAAGUUACACAGGGCUUUGCUGCUGCGCUCAAGUGUGGACUGACCAAACAGCAACUGGACAAUACCAUUGGAAUCCACCCCGUGUGUGCAGAGGUCUUCACCACCCUGUCGGUGACCAAGCGCUCUGGGGGAAGCAUCCUCCAGGCUGGCUGCUGAGGUUAAGCCCCAGUGUAGAUGCUGCCACUACGACCCCCCACCACAGGCGUCUCCCUGCCCAGACCCAAAGUGGGGCCUUGGGGAAGGUGCCGGAGCCCUGUGCUCACACUGCCCAAGUCCCCUGGGGACUGAGCGGGUCAGGAAGUGAUGGGUGGGAGGCAGGCAGCAUCACACUGGGGUUUCCUUGAUGGACUCGAAACUGACUGUCAGCAGAGCAUCAAAGGGAUGCGUCCAUGAAGUCACCAGCCUCAAGCCCGUGCGGGUGGGCAGUGACGGAACACUGUCGAAGCAGUUUCAACACCGCCUUUCCUCUCUUGUCAGACUGUCUAACGUUGAUUGCCUUUCCCCCCACCACUUUUUCCUCCAAUGUGUUGGUGAUAUGAGAAAUGAAAAAUGUUAGCUGUUGUUGUUGCGUUUUUUUGUUUUAUUUAUUUUUUUUUUUUGGGUCCAAACACAAGUCAUGGCUCAACAAUGCAAAUAAGGCGCUUUGCUAUAUGAAAGGCUUGAUUUGGCUCUCUGAUCUCGUAAAAGAGAGCCAUUAGGGGUCUCAAAUGCACUGUUGUAUUUCACUGACCUGAGAUGCUGUAUCCCCCCAAAUAAGUCAGUUUAGGACCAACUCUGGCCAAAUUUGCACACACGCUCCCCCCCAUGUGCUGUAUCACUGUUGAUCUUACAUCUAAUUCUCUGCUUAGUAAGGGAACUAUUUCAGUUUCUUGGCCAGCCUGUUGGAGGUUUUGUUCUACUACAUAUUGGUAACACAGUAUGAAGCCCAUCAAUACUCAUAACAGAGGCAGUUGUACCCCUUUGGUGGGGAAGCCCAAUAAAUGUCUGCCUUAGCUAGUUUUAUUAGUCUCAGUGAAUUGAAAUCUUCUGCAACAGAAAACAUUUGUUGGAAUAUUUCUUGGUAGAUUUAGCAUACAGCUACCAAUACAAAAUACCACGCCUUUAUUCUUCCCAUAUGUGUUACGUAUCUUUCCCCUUCUAAGAACUAUAUUCAUAGGAAGAUAGAUCUUGUCACACUUAUGUUUAAGCUCUUUAAUGGUAGUUGCUUAUUUUUUUUAAAGAAAGCCAUUGAUAUCGUAAGUUAUUAUUUUUGAGCACAGGUGGAUGUGAAGGAUUUUCAUUUAAAAAAAAAGAGAGAGACCAAAUAGUUUUGACUUUUUCUGCUGAAAGUGUGAUGACCUGGUGGGGGCCAGGCAGACCCCUGUAUACUCCUAUGGCCUCCCAGCCUGCCUAAGUUACAAAGAGGUCUGAAUUCACGGUUGGGAGCUUCUCUGCUGGCGCUCUAAGGAGGAUUUGACAUAGGCCAUCUCCUCGUUGUGUGAGUUGGGUGCCAAACAUCUGCUGUGGACAAACAUGUGCUCCCACCAGCAACUCUUUUAUUUUUUUUUAAGCCCCUCCCCUCUGCUUGUCAGCUAUAAGACUGUGUGGCUGACCGAAAACACAUACCUUGGUCACCUCAGGGAGUUCAUGUGGGCUGCCUGGCAGGCUACCAGCAGAGCACCUCACCCUGUCACUCCAGGGAUUUAACACACACACGCGCGCGCGCGCGCACACACACACACACACACACACACACACACACACACACACUCAGUUAUAUGAAGAAACCCAGGGGAGGAAGAAAGAAGAGAGGGACAUUGUGUUCAGCUUGAUUUAUGUAGAAAAAGAACUUGUUUUUUAAAGUCUCCAAGUCUGCCAAUCUUCAAAAUAGAAACACUAGGCUGUAUGAGAUGAUCAUGCCUAAUCAUGUUGUGAUUCUUUCUCUCUCCUUGUGGGAUUGAGCAUUCUGCCCCCACAAAGAAGGAUUCGAUUUUAUAGACUUGUCUUGUUUCUAUUCUGUGAUCCCCUGAUUUUCAGAAACCCCUACUUAAAUUCUUUAUGUUUUUGUUUUGAUUUGUUACAAAUCUUCUGAGAUAACAAUGUGAAACAUUAAAAGUAUUAAUAUCUA